AUGGCACCUUCUGCCAGGAUUGAUCAAUUGAAUACUGAAAACAACCCAAAAGAUAACCUAAAUAAAGAACAAACCAACAAAUCCCAAAGACUUAAGGAGGCCAAAGAACAUCCAAGAACAAUCAACAUGAAGACUCCAAAGUGCAGCAAGAGCCUAGGUGCGGCCUUCUGGCUGAAAAACUGCGAGGUCUAUGCAAGAAUCAACAGAUUAAGGAGCAGAGGUGGUUUGACAUACAAGACUUUCAGAACUGGGACAGCUUCACGAAGAUAUUCACUGAGAGAUCAUCAGGGCAAAGCAAUCAUCCAAGAAAUUGGCAGUGCCUAUGCUAAUAGGUUCCAAGACUUGAUAAACCAGUCCAAGUUAGAAACAAAGGAAGACACCAACACUUCAAGACUGUGUAAGAGGGAUAUCAAGAAGGCGUUCAUUGCAGAUAUGAUCAGCAAGGAACUGCAUAGAGAGAUCAAGAGGAACGAUCUCAAGACUCUGGCAGCAGCCAUUGAAAUGAUCCUGGAGCUGUCAAAGGAGAUGGACUAUGACUCGGAUUCAGAGGAAAGUGAGGCUUAA